CCAAGUCACAAGGGUUCUCCUCCACCACAAAGAUAGAAUGCAUUAAGAAUCAAACAACACUAGUUUCACUUUCUCUUUGCAUUUUCCAAAGCCAUAAUAACAAUGGCUUCCCUCCAGAAUUCUCCUACACUUCACCAAACCCUCUUCCAUAAUUCUUUCCCUCAGAAGCAUGGUGCUUCUCGUUCCUCUAGAAGAGAGAGCAUUUCUUUCAUUGUCAAAGCUGCACAAGUUCCAUCACAAUCUAAUUCAACAGGGUCACUUUCCCAAGAUAGACCUGGAAGGCGUCAAGUAAUCGCCAUUGGUUCUACAACCCCUUUGGUUUUUUUGUUCAACCAACAUUCAUACUCCUUUGCUGCAGAAAAUAAGAAAGGGUAUCUGCCGGUAUUGGAUAAGAAAGACGGAUACCAAUUUCUCUACCCUUUUGGAUGGCAGGAAGUAGUGAUUGAAGGUCAAGAUAAGGUGUUCAAAGAUGUCAUCGAACCCCUUGAAAGUGUUAGUGUAAAUAUGAUCCCAACCGGCAAACAGGAUAUUCGAGAAUUCGGGUCCCCUCAACAGGUUGGUGAAACUCUAAUCAAGAAGGUUUUGGCUCCUCCAACCCAGAAAACAAAGAUAAUUGAGGCAACAGAGCAAGAUAUUGAUGGAAAAGCAUAUUAUCGAUUCGAGUUCAUAGCGCAAGCUCCGAACUAUACUCGGCAUGCUCUUAGCACAGUUUCCAUUGGCAAUGGUAAAUUUUACACAUUGACCACAGGAGCAAAUGAGAGAAGAUGGGGGAAGAUGAAGGACAGACUGCAGACAGUUAUAGAUUCCUUCAAGAUUUUCAAUGUUUGAUAAUAUCACCAUUUAUAACCAUUUUGUAUUAGAGAUAAAGAACUCUUCUAUAAGCGAGAAUGUUCAUUUUGGAGAGUUCAGUGUCGAUUUUGCUUAUUACAAAUAGUGUAUGCUGAAUUGAGCAAUGCAUUGUACAAAAAGAACAAAAUAUAACUAUUAUUUGUUCCCCAAAAGGAUAAACAAAAAAAAAAUCGAAUUUCAGAUAAA